ACUUCCGGGGCGCGAGGCAGGAAGCGGGAGCGGCGCAGGGCCUGCGGGCGGCGGAGGCGGCAGGAUGUCUUCAGGUGCCCUCUUUCCGAGCCUGGUGCCAGGCUCCCGUGGCUCUUCAAGUAAAUACCUGGUGGAAUUCCGGGCAGGAAAGAUGUCCCUGAAGGGCAGCACUGUGACCCCGGACAAGAGGAAAGGCCUUGUUUACAUCCAGCAGACCGAUGAUUCCCUCAUCCAUUUCUGCUGGAAGGACAGGACCUCGGGCAACGUUGAAGAUGAUUUGAUUAUUUUUCCUGAUGAUUGUGAAUUCAAAAGGGUACCUCAGUGUACUACAGGCCGUGUGUAUGUAUUGAAGUUCAAGGCAGGAUCAAAACGACUCUUCUUCUGGAUGCAGGAGCCAAAGACGGACAAGGACGAAGAACAUUGCCGUAAAGUGAAUGAGUAUCUCAACAAUCCCCCAAUGCCUGGUGCUUUGGGUGGAAAUGCGAGUGGAGGCCACGAGCUCUCAGCAUUAGGAGGUGAGGGUGGCUUGCAAAGCCUUCUUGGAAACAUGAGCCAUAACCAGCUCAUGCAGCUGAUCGGACCAACGGGCUUAGGAGGACUUGGUGGGCUGGGUGCGCUGACGGGUCCUGGCUUGGCUAGCCUACUUGGAAGCGGGGGACCCCCGACCAGCAGUUCAUCAUCCAGCUCUCGCAGCCAGUCAGCUGCUGUGACACCAUCUUCCACGACCUCUUCCACACGUGUAACGCCUGCCCCGGCCGUUCCUGCGGCUGCGUCUGUGACCAGCCCGAGCCCUGUGCCGAGUUCGGGUAACGGAACCAGCUCAGCCACGAGCCCAACCCAGCCCAUCCAACUGAGUGACCUCCAGAACAUUUUAGCUACUAUGAACGUGCCAUCUGGAGCAGGAGGACAGCAAGUUGACCUGGCAGCUGUUCUGACUCCCGAGAUAAUGGCUCCCAUUCUGGCCAACGCUGAAGUUCAGGAGCGGUUGAUGCCUUACCUUCCCUCAGGAGAAUCUCUGCCACAAACUGCAGAAGAGAUUCAGAACACCCUGACAUCUCCUCAGUUCCAGCAGGUAGUUACCCCGUGUCAUAAAGUGCUGCUCUCCUUCCCUCCUCCCCCACGUGUCAUGGUUCACACUGCCCUGUUUUCUCAGAUUCCUGCCCCUGUUCAGAGUAGGAAGUUGCUCCUUAGGUGGAAAGGAGGAGGCACACGAUUUCAUGGAGCACUUGUCCUUCCUUCCUUCCUGUGGUCAGCCAAGGGCAGACUGGAAAAGUUGUUUUACUUUCACUUUUGGAUUUGGACUUUACCUUUCUCAUCAUUAAAAAUGCUUUCUGGCAAUUGGCAGCAGAGUAGCAGCAAAUUCAUUUCUGCCUGUCAAAAAGUGGAUUGUAAGCAGUCUCCUUUAAGUUUAGUUACUAAAGUGAACACACAGAAGGGAAGAGAUAGAAUCAUAGAAUCAUCAAGGUUGGAAAAGACCUCCAAGAUCAUCUAGUCCAACCGUCCACCUACCUCCAGUAUUUCCCCACUAAACCACAUCCCUCAGUGAUGCUAAUGUUUAUAGCACUACGUUCCUUUUUUCUUCUCUAAAAUCCAGUGCUGAAUUCCAGGACUGUCCAUUUGGACACACUUGGUCAGAUUAAAUCUGUUGUCUCACAGACCAGCUUCAACUAGUACUGAUGGAAAGUUCUCAAGAUGCAAAAUCCCAUUGGCUAAGAAGAGUGUUUCUAGUUGGCAGGAGGUGAUGUUGGUGUUGCUUAGUCUAGCACAGCUUAUUGCCUUGUGCUUACUGGCAUGCAGCUGAUUAAGAGCAAACACUUCCUCAUUACAAAACACACAGUGCCUGUGGUGUAGAGGCAUGUCCGAGCCUGGCCAAAGUGCAGUACUGUGUUCUUUAAGGGAUAGAGGCUGCUUCCAGGUAGGCUGUAUGGUCAGCGUGCUGUAACACGGCGUGGAACCAUCCCCAAACUGUUGUGACUGUGCAGUAGCCACGUGGUGCUGGAGAAACUCAAUGCACACUUGUUUUUUUUUGACACUCUUGACUCCAAU